UUUUGUUUUCAUGCUCAUUAGUCAUUACCCAAAAACAAAGAGGAGAAAAAAAGUAGAACUUGAUCCACAAUUUUCUUCAGCCUGAACCAAAUCGAACAUCGAGCUUCUUUUCUCUCUACCAAAUCCCUAAGAACGCGUGUAUGAAAUAGGAGUACAAGAUUCAUCUUUCUGUUGAGGGUUGCCAAAUAUUGAUCGAUUAACUACAUAGAGGAGGAGUUUCGGGUUUUGAUGGCCUGGAGACAACUUCGUAGGCAGGUUUUUUUCAACUGUUUUGUUCUGGCUUGGCAGGCGGCAAGAAAUGAACAUGAGCUUGCACGAUUGAGUACUCAGUUAUGUUCAACUUUGGAACGACUGCAUAAUGCUGGAAGUGAAAUAUCUCUACCAUUUAGGUUCCAUUCAACUUUGCGACGACUAAGUGAUAGCAGAGGUGAAAUUUCCAAGUUACAUAGGCGAUAUUUGACUGGAAGCCAUCUACACAAUGUUGUGUCAUCUAGGCUCUAUUCAACAAUAUGGAGGUUGCCUCAUCCUAGAGAAAGGCUUGCAGGGAAGAGAUUCCAGUCAAGCUAUGCUGGGAGCCUAAGUCGCCGAGCAAGUGAUCCAGAAUCUAUAAUAAGAGCUUUUGAAAGUCAACCUGCUUUGCAUAAUAGCCCUGCUGCUGUUGCUGAGUAUGUGAAAGCUCUGGUGAAGGUUGAUAGAUUGGACCAAAGCAAGUUGCUCCAGACCUUGCAGAGAGGCAUUGCUGCCACCAGUGGCCACACCUUUUCUGUGGAAGAGAGCAUGGGUGGACUUUCCGCUUUCCCCAAUGUGGGGAAAUCUACAAAACCUGGAUUACUUGGAACUGCUGGUGCUCCAAUUCACAUGGUUACUGCUGAAGGAGGGAAUUUUAAAGAACAGCUGUGGCGUACAUUUCGUACCAUUGCAUUGGCUUUUCUCCUAAUUUCAGGAAUUGGAGCACUAAUUGAAGAUAGAGGAAUUAGUAAAGGGUUGGGUCUAAAUGAAGAGGUACAGCCUAGUAUGGAGUCUAACACGAAAUUUAAUGAUGUAAAGGGUGUUGAUGAAGCGAAAGCUGAGCUAGAGGAGAUAGUUCACUAUCUUCGAGAUCCCAAGCGCUUCACUCGUUUGGGUGGUAAACUCCCAAAGGGUGUUUUGCUUGUUGGUCCUCCUGGUACUGGAAAAACUAUGUUAGCCAGAGCUAUUGCUGGAGAAGCAGGAGUGCCUUUCUUCUCUUGCAGUGGUAGUGAGUUUGAGGAGAUGUUUGUUGGUGUUGGAGCCAGGAGGGUGAGAGACCUGUUUGCUGCCGCAAAGAAGCGAUCACCUUGUAUCAUUUUUAUUGAUGAAAUAGAUGCAAUAGGGGGAAGUCGUAACCCUAAGGAUCAGCAAUAUAUGAAGAUGACAUUGAACCAAUUGCUUGUUGAGCUCGAUGGCUUCAAACAAAGUGAAGGAAUCAUUGUGGUUGCAGCAACUAACUUUCCCGAGUCGUUGGACCAUGCACUGGUUAGACCUGGACGAUUUGAUCGACAUGUUACAGUUCCCAAUCCAGAUGUUGAAGGACGCAGACAGAUUUUAGAAGUUCAUAUGGGUAAGGUUCUAAAGGGAGAUGAUGUGGACCUCAUGAUUAUAGCUCGAGGAACUCCAGGAUUUUCUGGUGCCGAUCUGGCUAAUGUUGUCAAUAUAGCUGCACUGAAGGCUGCAAUGGAUGGGGCGAAGGCAGUGAGCAUGUCUGAUCUUGAGUAUGCCAAAGAUAGAAUCUUAAUGGGUAGCGAGCGUAAAUCAGCUGUUAUCUCUGAAGAAAAUCGGAAAAUGACUGCCUACCAUGAGGGUGGUCAUGCCCUUGUCGCUAUGCAUACUGAUGGUGCCCUCCCUGUUCACAAAGCAACAAUUGUCCCCCGUGGUCUCUCCCUUGGGAUGGUUACCCAACUUCCUGAAAAGGAUCAAACAAGUAUCUCGCGUAAACAAAUGCUUGCCCGUCUUGACGUUUGCAUGGGGGGUCGGGUUGCUGAGGAGCUCAUUUUUGGGGAGAAUGAAGUAACUUCUGGUGCAUCAUCUGAUCUCGACCAAGCAACAAAACUUGCAAGAUCAAUGGUAACAAAGUAUGGUAUGAGCAGAGAGGUUGGGCUUGUGACUCAUGAUUAUGAUGAUAAUGGACGUAGCAUGAGCACCGAAACUCGGCUCCUUAUUGAGAAAGAGGUCAAGUUUUUACUCGAGCGAGCAUACAACAACGCAAAAACCAUUCUUACGACUCAUAGCAAGGAGCUCCAUGCUUUGGCUGAUUCUUUACUAAAGAACGAGACCAUGACGGGUCAUCAAAUUAAGGAAUUGCUUGCAAAAGUUAGCUCAGAGCAGAAGCAAGAGCAGCAAGAGCAGAUAGUUACUAAGAGUAGUGAGCAGUCUAACACGGCCCCACCAUCAAGCCCAAGUGCUGCCGCAUCAGCAGCAGCUGCAGCCGCUGCUGCAGCUGCAGCUGCGGCAACCGCAGCUGCAAAAGCGAAAGGGGUUGCUCCUGUGGGUUCUUAGCCUUUUGAACUUUUUCCUUAUACAUCAGGUUUUAACUAAUGGGAAUCAAUGUGCAUAUAUGUAUUUUUAAUAUUUUUAUCAUUGGAGAAUAUGUGUUUUCAUGAUCAUUGCAACAUUUCUUGUCUAUAUUUGCUGCUAAUAAUUUGA